AUGUCAAGCACUGUCUCGCAACUCUCGUCGCAAUGGGCAAAUCCGAGUGAUGUCACCACGGUCCUCAUGGUCAUCGGUGGGGACGUGGUACAGAAAGCUCUGGCCCAAACAACCGGCUGCUGGUACACGCCGGUAUGCUUCUCGUUUGGCUGGGUCGCUUACAUGUUUAUGGCGUUAGUAGGCAUCAUCGGAGAUGGCAGACUGCUCCCAAUCCCCGAUUACCCGGCCAAAGUGUUCAAUCUCAAAACAGGCUAUGUUCGGGACAAUAAAAAUUGGGUAAUUGGGCGCCUUCUCCGCGACCACGAGGCCUACAUGUCUAGAAAAGAGCCAGCUCCAACGUCUGGGGUUCGUAUUGCAGUUUGGGAAGCCAAAGAGAACAAGAAUUGCCAUAAACAAAUUUCGUUCUCACAUAGUAGGAUUCAUAUCUGGGGGGGAAUCACAAUGGCCGCCCAAUUGAUCAUUGCCGCAAUCCCUGUGAUUAAGAAUCACAGAUGGGGAAUCCUCCUCAUCACCGCUUCUGGGACCGUUUUGGCGCUGAUGGUGGGGGGUCUACCUCAAUGGAGAGCUGAGAAACUGCCAAACCGCCAACAAUCGAAGAAAGUCUUUGCUCUCACGACGGGCAAUGGGUCGAGGGAUAUCAUGGUCAUCAUCGGCGCUGGGAAGAUUCUGGACCUUGAAGACCUGUCGGCGCAGGAAACACCACGAAGCGAAAAGCCUUGGGAGAAGUUCAAGCUUGAAGCGUCAAGGCGCCCUCAGCGACAUGGUUGGGCCCAGUCUGGAAGGAUCGAAAAGUUCAUGCUAGACCAUACAGGAUCAUUUCACUUUUCAAGAAUGAAAGUUCAUGGUAUAUUGACAAGGCCCGUCCGAGGAUUGCCCGCAGGAUUUCUCCUUACUAUGGUUGUGUGCGUUGUUCAAUCGAUCUUGUGGUUGCUGUUACUCAUUACCGUCGCGGCGCUGAGUACGGAUACAUGGUAUCUCAUUCUCGUUGGAGGCAUCGGAAUGUUUCAGAAUGGCUAUCUCGCAGCUAUGGAGAGAACUCCGGAACAUAGAAACUGCCCGCUUGAGUUGAAGGAAGUCAUCACGACGGCAAAAGUCAUGGAUGGGCUUAUGGACCUUGAAGUUGCAUAUGGGCGAGACUUCAUGCCAAACGACGAUUCGAUAGAGCCAAUCAUGACGCCAUUGGUCAAAGAAUUCUUCCCUGGGCGGUUACGAUUGGACGAGGAAGAUUGGUGGAAAGGCAAGUGUCUUGAUUAUGAUCAGAUACGAUCGAAGGAGAAGGAAUGGAGGGGUGUUCCACGCAGAGCAAUGCAUCCUGACGCCGCGCCGAAAGAAUACUGGAAUGCACCUGAGAAGGCACCACUUUACUAUUACGGAGGUAAUCAGAUCCCCUUUGAAAAAUUCCAGCCUGUCGUCUCGAGUACGGCGAGGUACGAUUGGGGAAUUAACUCUGAUCGCCAAUGGAAAGUCGAGCAUGAACCCAUUUCACGACCAAAGUCUCCUCAACAAGCAUAUCAUGCAAGCUCAAGUCGUCUUCCUGGUCUCCCAGAAGGAGAAGCUUUUGCUGACCUAGCACACGUUACCGGCGAUACUAGAAUAGUUCAGGCCAGACGAUCAAACUCAAUGACUAGCGAGCCUCAGAGGAACUCGAUGCUCCAAUUCGAAAGAACCUUCAAACGCGACGACCCGGGAUAUACCUUUAAAUCGCCUCCAUGGAGCUGA